AUGGAUUCUGGGCUUGAUGAGUGCUUAUCAGAAAGAUUGUUAAUUCAAGGCCUCAACCUGAGACAAAAGAUUUGCCUUUUCUCCUUCGAGCAAACCCACUUUCUUGAGAAGUCCAUUAACUUCACUCCUUUUCGAUUCAAGCUCCCUCUCGACCUCCUUCUUCGUACACUCCGAAAGCUCGGCUUGCAAAAUGACCUCCCUGUCCUUGGAUUCUUGCAGCAAGUUCCUCAAGUGAUCGAUUUCGAGAAAAAGAUCCUCCGAAGAAGCUGUAAAAGAUUUAGUCUUGCUGUGAAUUGUCUGAGGGUGCACUUGGGUAGCGUUUAUCGAGCACGAGAGGUCACCAAUGAGGGAUCUUUUGAUCCUCGAAUUCGAGACCGAAGGCGGCUGAUGAUUAUUUCUCUGGUUCGCCACGUCAGCGCCAGUGAGCGGCGGUUUUUUGGUCUGAGCUGUGACGUGGACUACUCUGGUUUUGGUCUUUUUGUCGCCUGA